UGUGUGUGUGUGUGUGCGCGCGCGCGCGUAGUUGUUAGGGAGCUGGGCCGGUCCCCACGACCCUGCGUGGAAGAGCGGGCAAAGAAAAUGGAUGGAAGAAUGUUGAUCCAGAACUGAACAUGUGUGUGUUUGAUUUUUCCUCUCAAGCUCUUUUUAUUUUUCCACCUACAUCCAACAGAGAUGGACCUCUGCUGUAGUUCUUUAGGGCCUAAUUUUUAGUGACAGUCUUUUAAUACUGACAUGAAUAAAUCGAGAGCAAACCCCUAAAAGGCUUUGGAUCUUAUUAUUGGUUAAUUGAAAUUAAAAAAAUGUGAUACACCGCUGCGUAUCACCGAGAUUCCCGAUUGGUGAAGGGACAAAGCGCGCGACGCGUGAUUGGAUCAUGGCUUCCGCUUCAGCCAAUCAGCGCCCUCCCCCUGCCCGAUCCUACCUGGGGUUGGUCGUGACGUGACUCUCUACUUAGAGUGGUGAUUGGCCGAAUUCCGUCUGAGUGACGGACAGCGUGUAGGUUAGGGUUCCAGAGGGUUGGGAGCGCGGGCGCUGUCCGCAGGAGAACAGGUCCUGAAACGCGCCGUGCGCCACCGGGAAGGCUGGGCGCGGGCGGCUGUUCGCUUCACGGUUAAAGAAACCUGUUUAUGUGCGCAUUCACACCUCGAUGUUCUGUGGACUGAGCGCGAAGAAAAGUAGACCUUGAAUUUGGACUUCCUUUCUUCUUUUUUAUCUCCAGCGCCAGUGAUUCGCUUCCAAACACAGCUCAGGACGUGACGGGGUGGCCAAGAAGCUCUGUCGAUAGAUCACACACACACACACACACACACACACACACACACACACACACACACACACACACACACACACACACACACACACACACACACACACACACACACACACACACACACACGGACAAGCAGCAAACCAGAAGUCUUAUUUUACGCAUUUUACUUUUUGUAGUUUUCAUUUAUUGGCUUUUUUUCUGGAAUAUGUCGAUCAAGAUGUGAACACUUGUGCGCACUCACGCCGUGUUCACGGGAAAUGGUCAAGUGUUCACGUGACACACACCUCCCGAGGGCGAUUCAUUAAUCGAGAAAAUGCACAGAGGACCUGGAGCAUCACGUCAACCAGUGGAUCUUUAACAAAAGUUUUUGUCUUUUUAUUUCAUUUUUAUUUUAUUUUACUCGAAUCUUUCCAAACAGACUGAGAAGAGUUCACCCUCCAUCGGUGCAGUUCAGAGGUCACAGCCAGUGAACCGAGAAGGGGGAAGAGAGAGAGAAAGAGGGGGAGAAAGGGAAAAAAUCUUCACUUUUCUGCUCUGCUUUUAUUUUUGUUGUAUUUUUCUGGAGAAAACGAAGAUUUCCGAGUCCCGGGACUGGCGCAACAUGACGCGCAGCUGAAGGAAUGAGCGCCUUUCCUCCUCUGGCUCAGGAGACACCGCACCGAAUCCGUUGUUUUGUCCCGUUCCCAGGAGAAAACUCGCCACCUCGUUUCAGUCAUUUUUUCUUUUAUAUCUGCAAGUUUUAUUUGUACCCGUUAAUUUAACUUCGUUAGUUUAAUUAAGGAAAAAACAAACAAUCGUUUCUUCCAAGGGAAGCAUUUUCUUUUUAUUGGAGUCUUUCUGAAGCGGGUGGUGUUUUUCAGACCCCCUCAUUGCUUAAACCCCCUUCCCCCCCCCUGCAGCCCUGGCUGUUAGGAUGGAGAUUCACUGUAAGCACGACCCGUUUGCGGCAAUGCACAGACAUGGUGGGGUUAACCAGCUUGGAGGCGUGUUUGUCAAUGGCAGGCCCCUCCCAGAUGUGGUCCGACAGCGAAUAGUAGAGCUUGCCCAUCAAGGGGUUCGUCCAUGUGACAUCUCACGGCAGCUACGGGUCAGCCACGGAUGCGUCAGCAAGAUACUGGGCAGGUACUAUGAAACAGGCAGUAUCCGCCCCGGGGUGAUCGGGGGAUCCAAACCAAAGGUUGCUACACCCAAAGUGGUCGACAAGAUCGCUGAUUACAAACGCCAAAACCCCACCAUGUUUGCCUGGGAGAUCCGGGAUAGGCUGCUGGCCGAGCGAGUGUGUGACAACGACAGCGUCCCAAGUGUCAGCUCCAUCAACAGGAUCAUUCGGACCAAGGUCCAGCAGCAGCCUGGCCAAACGAGCUCGGUGUCUGCUCACAACCUCGCGACAUCGGUUGCUGCCACACAAGUUUCAGCAGUGACCAGCGACUCGGCUGGCUCCUCCUACUCCAUCAGCGGCAUCCUGGGAAUCAGCUCAGCUGCUGACGUAGGCAAGCGGAAGAGGGAUGAAGGUUUGCAGGAGUCGCCGCUGGCAAAUGGACAAGGCCACAGUGGGCGGGACUUCCUCAGGAAGCAGAUGAGAGGGGAACUGUUCUCGCCACAGCAGAUCGAGGUACUGGACCGCCUCUUUGAAAGACAACCGUCCUUUCCAAUCCAAUCCAGCACUGAGCUCUAUGUGAGCCAUGACUCUGGCAAGACAUCAGACUACUCAGCCAUGGCCUCUCUAGCAGGUGGACUGGACGAGAUGAAGAACAGUUUGGCCAAUCCAAGCACGGGGGCCGAGUUAGGAGCAAACGUGUCUGGUCCACAGUCCUACUCACUAGUUCCAGGUCGAGAUUUAGCCAGCACGACUCUUCCAGGCUACCCUCCUCACGUUCCCCCCACUGGACAGGGCAGCUACUCCACCCCAUCCCUCACAGGCAUGGUACCUGGAGGAGAUUUUUCUGGGAGCCCGUAUUCCCACCCACAGUAUUCCACGUACAAUGAAUCAUGGAGAUUUCCAAACCCCAGCCUAUUAGUGUUUCAGCAGGAUUAUGGGUCUCUCCUCGGGACGGAGAUCGGCUGCUCGUCCAGUCUCUUCACCAGCCAGGCAGGACAAAUGCAAGGAUCUCCAUAUUAUUACGGCGCAACAUCACGGGGGGCGGGCCCCCGCUGCCACUGCCACAGGCUCUGCCUACGAUCGCCACUGACCCAUCCAGCAGAGAGAAGAGGAGGAUGAAGAGCAGUAAAGGAGGGGGGGAGGGAUAGCACCAGCACUGUUCAGUAAAAAAACUUGCCUAACGCGCACUCCACAAUGAGAAGAUUUCA